AUGACGACCCACGAUGAAAUGACAGCACGUAUGGACCGCCUCGAGUCAUUGAUAGCUCGAGUAUGCGAAGCCGCGGAUCUAAAGGGUGACAAAGACUCAGAGUCGAAAGAUCUUGAGGCAUCGAUAUCUACCUUGAUAGAUCGGCUUUGCGCUGAGCGUAAUCAACAAACUUCGGCCCAGCUGCUUCAAUCUGAGUCCAAGCCGUCUAAACGGCUGGAGCCAAAGUUCUAUCCAACUGCCGGCCAUGACCAGGCUACCGAGGCGCCGUUGAUGGAAUUUAUCAGAGCAUCAGCCAUUAUUGAAGGACCACAAGUUGUGGACGAACUUGCCAGCACCAAUCCUAGGGCAGAGAGGUUUUCCAAAGCCGGCGUGUCCAGAAACCACAUACGUCGUCUUCUACCCAGUCCUUCCGAAGUUAAUCAGAUCCUUGAAGCGACAUGUCUUUACUGGCAGCUUUGGCCACUCCACCCCAGUCAGCUCAGCCCAGCAAGCAACUUAUCGCUGUCAGUGGUGACCAUUGCCCGCUCAUUUAUUGAAGAGUCUCUUGAGCGUGGCCCGCCUGAUGUAAUGGCUCGAGCACUCAUAUGGUUUGCUCUAUGUAUUCAACAGGUUCCAAGAAGCAUCGUCAGUGACAUUCCGUCGCUAGCAGAGUCCUCAUCUGCAGUUGUGAUGCAAUUUUUGAGCGCAAGUGAUGCUCUUUUGGGCCCAGACGUACAAGGAGAUUUUACGCAGGCAAGCCUGACAUGCUUGGUACUACAGGCUAAAUGCUACGUUAACAUGGGUCGUUUGCGACAGGCUUGGCUGGCUACUCGACGAGCUGUCAACCAGGGCAUCAUUCUUGGAUUCCACGAUCAGCGAAAGCACUUGGACCACGAGGAUGGAAGGAUCUGGCAUACUAUUUGGGCUCACGAUUCCCAGUUAUCUCUAUUGCUUGGCGUUCCCUCCUCGUUGCCGCCAUAUUGUACCAUCUCCUUGGAUCUUCCUUUCGAAAUGCCACCAGAAGCCAGCAUCAUGCAUCACAUUAGUGUUUUGUGUGAAAAGAUCAACGCCCGAAACCAGAAUCACCGCCAGUAUUCAUACGCCGAUACUAUGACACUUGAUAACGAUUUGGAUAAGCUGCGAGCGAUGAUUCCGGAGGAGUGGUGGAAACCAGAUUUGACAGAUAAAUUACCUCUACCGACCUUUCACGUUCGACAGGCUUCGAAGCUGUAUUACCACCAUCUUAAACAGCUCAUACACAUUCCGUACAUGCUCAAAGCGACCACAGAGGCCAAGUAUCAAUACAGCAGAACGUCGGUUCUCGAGGCACUCGGGGGUAUGAUGGAGUGCUAUGCGGGCAGAAGAUUGCACCCUAAUGGUCAGUAUGCAAUGUGCUUUUUGGUCGACUUCCUCGCCUUCAGCGCGGGGUUGAUCCUGGCUGCGGACCUUUUGUCUCAGCAAUCUACUUGGGGCAGCGAGGUUGAGUUGGAACAAUGGCAGUCGAUCAGGAGCUUGAUCAAGGAACUUCGAAUUGCCGCGACCUUGUUAGAUCACACGGUAGCGCAACAAGCGGCACAACUUCUCGAAUACUUGGACUCUGCUCGACACGGUGCAUAUCAUGGUCCAGAUGUCUACGAUGCGGUCGUUCCCUACUAUGGAAAAGUUCGCAUCAGAAGGCCACAGAUUUUAUAUCCAUCGACAAACAUUGGCCUUGAUGCUGAACCGGGUGUGGUUGGAACCGUGGCGUUUGAUUCCAACAUUUAUGAUUUCAAUCCCUCCCUGAGUUUCAAUGCCGCUGAGCUGGAUAGGGACUGGGCCUCUCUCCUGGGUGACGAUAUCACGUAUGAUUGGACCGGUGUCUUUGAAUUUUAA